GUGACCGAUCAACGAUGAAUUCCGUAUUUUCUGCAUUUAAAGCGUCCUCAUCGACGGUGUCGCCGGCGUCGUCCACGGUUACAGCAAAUUCCAACAACGGUGCCGGUAUCGGUUCUACGUCCACCACCGGACACGACCACACUGGCAACGGGGGCGGGAUGGUGCUUACGAACGGUGGGACUCUGAUGGGUUCGAAAGCCGCCACCACGUCCACACCGUCCACAUCCAACUCCUCGAAGCUGCUGCUCAACAUUAAAACACAUCGGCCAGCGGUGGCCGACCAUCCGCCCAACAGCAGCUACGAGAAGCUACGCCACAUACGCGAGAUUAGCUGCACCAAUCGUAACAACAGUCUCGUCGUUGGGCUGGAUGGGGAGCUGGAUGUGAUGCCUGUAGCUGUCACUACACCGGAAGACACCUCGGUAGCAACCACUCCCGUCCAAAGUCCUAUGACGCUCGACGAGCAGUGUCUGGGAGAGUCCCCCGGAGCGUCCCUUGAUACUGCGACAGAUACCACCCCCUAUCUACUACUUAAUGGGAGUAGUGGACCCCGGAGUAUGGGCGUCGAUCAGGUGGACAACCACCACCAUCAACUUCAUCAACACCUUCACCUAAACAGCAGUAGUGCCGGACUGGUGAAUGGUACCGGCAAACUGCACCAAGCAAAGGCUGACACAACGACCAAGAGUGAUAGCAGUAGCAGUAGUAACGGCGUUAGAGCCAGUAGUUUGGGCAACAGCAACAGUGAUAAUGGGUUGCUGCCGAAGAAAAAGAGCACCUCCACCUCGUGCACGGACCUCGGAGCGGUACCGGCACCACUGGCAAUCAAACCACCAUCGGGUGCUUCCCUAACGACGGCACCGUCCGGAUCGGGUGUCUCCACGGUGGAUGGUACGUUUGCGAGUAUGCCACCCCGGUUCCACAAACCGAGGUUAAGCCUGAGCAACAGCUGCGGUGGUGGCGUGAGCAGCGGUCUCUCCACCAGCAGUAUGCCCUCGGUCCAUGGACGCACCGGACCAAAUGCGAACGGUGGAACGUCCUCGUCCGGAAUGCCACCACCAAAGACGAGACUUUCAACGCACCAAAGAAAUCUUAGCUUAGACUUUAGAUCAAUGGGAAUUCUUUUACCUCCAGUGUCGCAGGUGACCAACAAUCGCAUCAACAUGACCCAACAUCACCGGAAUCGAAGUUUAGAUAGUGCGCUACAACGGAUACCGGAGGUGGAAGUGUCUUCGCCAAGUGCGGAAUCAGAAAACACACUACAUUGCACGAACGGCAUACUGAGCGGUACGAUGUGUAGCAAAAUCAUUCAAUCCUCGUCCACCAAUCCGACCAACACGCCGAGCAAUAGUGGCCGCGGCAUUACCUCAAUGUCGAUUGCCGGCACGGCGAGAAGCGACUCAGAAGCGGGAACAGAUACGGUUGUAAUAGCAUCUUCUGCCUCAGCAACAAACAGUACGCAUCAUCAGCCAAGCCGGCAACAGAUAAGCAGAAAGGUGGAUCUUCUAGAGCAAGGUACUACGCUGCGGACACUGAAAAGUAGUCAUUCCACUGAUGCCGAAACGAUCGUAAACUCGAUCGUCAAGGACAGUGAUAGCAAAAAGCGUGAAGAUUUAACGAGCCUUGGAUCGGAUGAUUCCGGCAUCAUUUGUGGCUCGGAACCUGAUCACACCUCGCUGACGAGGAUCCGCCGAUCUAGGGAAAGUCUGGACUCGGGUGAGAUUGAUCCGUCGGAGGAGGAGUGCAUUGAGAUAUUGGAAACGACCUCCAUGGAGGAAGAGUAUCGGAUGCUCCAAUCCGACCUGUGCUUCUAUCCUACCGCGACCAUGGACCGGACGGCGAAAGAAGACGGAAGCGAGUCAGACUCGAGGCCGCUUGACAAUUGCAUUGAACUGCAGCAUCAUCCACAGCAGCAGCAGCAGCAGCAGCAGCAGCAGCAGACCGGAUCAGUUGGCAACGGUCCGGUAAGUGACAAAGUUCGCUACAGGCAGCAAAACAUGACCCGGGCUGCCAUCAUGCUCGAGAAAAUGUUCGUUCCGAUUCACUACGAAGAUGGCGAGAACGGUGUAGCGCCGGUAGUUGGUAACGAAGAAGACGAGCUGCUUAUCCAUCCAGAGACAGCGACACCGAUCAUUGGAGAAGCAAAAAGUUUGACGACUCCCACGAACGCCUUGACGAUGACACCGGUUCCAUUUGCUCAGCAACCUGCUUCCACUAGCGUGCCAAGUACGGCGGUCGUCAGUCCGAGCGAAACAAAACCCGCCAUCAGCGAUCCACCCAAACCGGACCAAAAGAAUGAGGUUAUGUUUCGGAACUUUUUCGGAGCGACCAAGAAUGCCAUCUUCCGGACGGCCCAGAGCAUUAUUGAUAAUCACGAGAAGAAGCAUGCGAAACAGAAGCAAGAAAAGCAAGCGGCAACGCAUACAACGCCAGAAGACGGUGGUACGACAACGGCGGGAAAUGGUGGAAUUGUUGGUGGAGCAACUUCCAGCGGUACUUCCAGUACGACGGUAAAAUCCCCAACAGAGCUACUACGGAAGCGAGAGUUUGGUAGUAUGUUUGCGAGGAGUAGCAGCAGCAGCAAACAUCAUCAUCAAACCCAGCAAACUAGCAGUAGCAGCACUACUGCUGGUAGCAGUAGUAAUAACGCGACCACACCGACCACAACCACGACAACGACCUCAGCCUCGAUGGAAUUCGAAACAGCAUCCUCAUGCACGGAAAGUGGCACCAGUCAGCUAAACAUUCCUAAGGCGUCACUUUCGAAAUCGUCUUCGACCGCAUCGUUAAAAGUAGUUCCAGGCGUGGCCGUAGCAGCAACUCCCUCGUCCUCCUCUUCCUCCUCCAAUACAAACUCCUCCGCCACAACGCACUGUACCGGUAGUGGACCACGCGACGAAUCACAGAUACGCACGGAACGAACGGGCCAGAGUGGGCUGUUGCGUUUCUUCGAAUCUCCCGUCUUCAACAUACACUUUGCCGUACACUAUCUGUUCUACUCGAAGGAACCGGGCGUACUAAGCUUCAUCGGGAACAAGAUCUUCAGCUUCCCGAACGGUGAGGUGGAUCUGUACAUACCACAGCUGAUCGUGAUGUACAUGCAGAUCGAAGAACUGUCCGAAGUGCUCGAUCCGUACCUGGUAUACCGGUGUCGGCAAUCGGUGGACUUCUCGCUCAAGUGCGUCUGGCUGUUGGAGGCGUACAACUUCAACACGGAAAUGUUGAGUGGGGCCGGUAAUAGUGUCCGCAAGCAUUUGAGCCUGCUGCGCGAGCUUUAUCCCAAGCGAGAGCGAGUGAAACUAGCUGCAGCGAUCAGUGCACCGCCGAACACUGCUGCCGGCACGGGAGGUGAAGUGCUGGGAACGACCAACGACCCUCUAACUCUGCAAGCCCAUCCGGCGCUUUCGGCCGUGCGGAAAACGCAUCAUCGCUCACAGUCCGAUGCCACGGGUAUGAUGGGUCUUUUGGCGCAACAUCACCACGCCCAUCACGCUCCAGUACCGGGCGUACCCGGUCCCAGCAAUCGAACGCCAGUGUGUCUAGGUGAUCUGAGCACGGGCCGAGCCUUCGACAAUGGUUGCGUGUGUUUCGAAUCCGUCCGUGGCACAGUGAACGAUCUGCUUGGCCAACAGACGGUGUGUUCCUGCGGUGCUCCGAAGCUAGCACCGGAAAAAGAGUUCAUGAAGGCACUGAUCGACAUCGGCAAGAUGCUCACCUGUCUGCAAACGAAGAUCGAAAAGACUUCCCGCUUGCGAAUCCUGCUUAACCUGAUAAACAAAAAUCUGCCGGCACGUGUUUGGCUUCCACUGCACACCGAAACGCCUCACCACGUGGUGCGCAUUACGGAGGAGAAAACGGCCGUACUCAACUCGAAAGACAAGACUCCGUACAUCAUCUACGUGGAGGUGGUCGAAGUGCAAGACAUCUACACGUCACCCGUCAUCCCGAAGUUGAUGCCGACACUAAGGCAUACAAAGAGCGAAGAACGGCUCGACAGUAGCAGCGGUGCCAGCGCGCUAAACUCCGCGGACGACAGCAACCCCAGUAAGACUGAACAAACGACCACCGUGUCGACCUCCUGCCAACAGACGAGCGAAGAGGCGGCCACCGUCUCAUCAACCGCGGCCCUACAAAACGUUCCACUGCCGGCUGCAGUGGCGGCAUCGUUGGCUACGUCCCGAAGUCGACACAGUAAGCUGUCCGAGUGUUCGGCAGACAUCGGUGUUGGAAGUGGUAGUAUGAUGGAGCUCGGCCUAACGGAGGACGAUGUGUGGUCGCAGGAGGAUGAUGAAAUUACGGCCCAGUAUCUGAGCCUCACGAAGAUGUCUAGUGAUCGAGAUGCAAUAUCGCAGUUCUCGGUCGAUUCGUACGACUCGCGCGAUCAUCACACUCCUGCACUGUUUAACAUCGGCGAGGUGAAGAAGCGUCACUGUGCCAACUUGAAUUCGGAAAAUGCGAAGCCCUUCAGCAAUGAUCCUUCGGAUCCUUCUGCUGCAGCAUUGAAAGAACCGUGGCACGAAAAGGAGAAACAGAUCCGGGACUCAUCGCCUUACGGACAUCUUCAAUCCUGGAGGCUUCUAUCGGCGAUCGUUAAGUGCGGUGAUGAUCUACGGCAGGAGCUAAUGGCCACGCAGCUGCUACAGAUGUUCAAAUUGAUCUGGGAAGAGGAAAAGGUUGGACUUUGGGUACGACCGUACCGGAUCGUCUGUUUGUCGAACGAUUCUGGAUUGAUCGAGACGAUCGUCAACACAGUGUCGCUGCAUCAGAUCAAGAAAAAUUCCAACAAAAGCCUAAAGGACUACUUCAUCGACGAGUUUGGCGACGUGGAGACGGUUGCGUUCCGUGUGGCGCAGCGUAACUUUAUGCAUUCCUGCGCUGCCUACUGUCUGAUCUCGUACCUGCUGCAGGUGAAAGAUCGGCACAACGGUAACAUUUUGCUGCAUUCCGAUGGACAUUUGAUCCAUAUAGACUUUGGUUUCAUCUUGAGCAUAUCGCCGAAAAAUCUAGGCUUCGAACAGUCACCGUUCAAACUGACUCCCGAGUUUGUGGACGUGAUGGGUGGUCCAGAGUCGGAACUGUACUGCGAGUUUAAGUAUCUGCUGCUGGAUGGUCUAAAAGCGGCCCGCAAGCAUAUGGACCGUAUCAUUAACAUUGUCGAGAUUAUGCGAAGCAGUUCACAACUACCCUGCUUCAAAAAUGGAUGCUCCGGCACGAUACGCAAUCUGCGCAAUCGCUUCCAUAUGAAUCUGACCGAGCAGGAGCUGGAGCGAAAGGUGGAACAACUGAUCCAGGACUCGCUCAACUCACUCUCGACCAAGCUGUACGAUGGCUAUCAGUACAUCACGAACGGUAUCUUGUGAGAGCGAUUCGAUAUGCACAUCUAAACCGGCCAAUGCAAAGAAAAAAGUGAAAAAU